GGUGUUUGAUGGGACAGUGAAGCAGUAUAACAGCAGUAUAGCCGGUGAUAAAAAGACAAAGAAGUCUCUUGAUUCAGAGUAAAUAAAAAAUAAAAAUAAAAAAUAAGUAAGCGUCGCGGGAGGGCGGGCCACCUGUGACGGCAGCUGAGUGGACGAGCUGCGAGUCUGCGCCUCUGUCAGUGCUGCGUGUCUUUCAGCGGGUGUUUGCGAGAGUGCACAGGCAGGAGUGUAAAGUCCACUUGGAUUUUCUGAAGCUCGAGGAAACAUACAUAUCCUUUUCUGCGCACGAAUACAGGUUUCUUCAGCGUGGCGAACAAGAGGCUGCUCGCUUUCCUCCGAGAGCGUUGGUGUGCUGUUUUGUGCGUGUGUAUUUGUGUGCAGGGGUGUUUGUGAGUCACAGGGUGAAUAUGCCAGUGUGAAUGCCUGUAUAUACAUAUACAUCCUGAUUGGAGAGUGUUUGUCCCGUGAGGUGCUCGGCGGAGAUGCAGCGAGGUGUGUCCUCUGUGGUGCAGCUGCUGCUGUUGCAGGGCUGCUUGUGUGCCGUGGCAACCGGCUACCUGUUCAGGACACCCCUGGACCUGGAUGUGACUCCACGUGUCACUGUGCUAAACAGCGGUCUCCAAGGCUGCAGGCAUUUCCAGUCGUCUGCAGUCAACUACAGCACCAUGUUGCUGGAGGCUGACAGUGAGCGUCUGUACGUCGGGGCCCGUGGGGCCGUAUUCGCUCUCAAUGCCUCUGACAUCUCAGCCAGCUCUGCUCUCACUAUUGACUGGGAGGCCUCCCCGGAGCAAAAACAUCAGUGCCUGCUCAAGGGAAAAGACAAUAAGACCGAGUGUUUUAAUCACAUCCGCCUUCUCCAGAGGUUCAACUCAACUCAUCUCUACAUGUGUGGUACUAAUGCCUACAGACCCCUCUGUGCAUACAUAGACGUGGAGAGAUUUGUGAUUUCAUCUCAGCCCGAAGAAGGCAGAGACAAAUGCCCCUACGGCCCCACAACAGGUUACACUGCCCUCAUUAUAGACCAGCAGAUAUAUACAGCUUCCCAGUAUGAGUUUAGGAGCUUUCCAGAUAUCCGCCGCAACUCUCCGUCUCCCACGCUGAAGACAGAAGAUGCUCCCACACGCUGGCUGAAUGAGGCAGACUUUGUGGGUUCGGUCCUCGUGAGGGAGAGUGUGGGCAGCAGUGCCGGUGAUGACGACAAGAUCUAUUUCUUCUUCACUGAAAUAAGCCAGCAACAGACACCAACCUACAGCCACAGCCGGGUGGCACGAGUUGCUCGGGUUUGUAAGGAAGACCGCGGAGGCCAUUUAACUCUCCAGAAACGGUGGACGUCCUUCCUCAAGACUCGGUUGACUUGUUCUCUUCCCGAGUAUGAUUUCCACUUCAACAUACUGCGCAGUGUGUUCACUCUGCCUGGCCAAACGCCGCAGGACACGUUCUUCUACGGCAUCUUCGGCCUGGAGUGGAAAAACGUCAAGGCGUCUGCAGUGUGUCGGUUCACUCUGUCUGAAGUCCAAGAAGCCUUUCAAGGACCUUACAUGGAGAACCAGGACUCUGGUUCUAAGUGGAAAGAAUACACGGGAAAGAUCCCCGACCCGCGACCUGGAACGUGUAUAACUGAUGCUCUGAGGGCCAGAAACAUGAACUUCUCCACUUCCCUGCCUGAUGAUGUUCUGAAUUUUGUCAGGAGGCAUCCUCUGAUGUCCAAGCAGGUCGAGCCUGCAGACCGACGCCCCCUUUUGUUUAGGAGGACCACAGACUACACACACAUGGGUGUACACACGGCCCAGGGAUUAGAUGGACAAACUUACUAUGUAUUGUACAUGGGCACAGAUGAAGGCUGGUUACACAAAGCCGUAGACAUCAAAGGUCAGCUGCACAUUAUUGAGGAGCUUCAGCUGUUUGAAGAGCCACAGCCUGUUAACAAUCUACUGAUAUCUGACAAACAGUGGAGUGUGUACAUGGGCUCUCCAUCAGGCGUGGUUCAGCUGCCACUCUCUAGCUGUGGUAGAUACACUUCCUGCUAUGAUUGCAUCUUUGCCAGGGACCCGCACUGUGCCUGGAACGGAGCAGAGUGCGUGGACGUCGUGAUGCAAGCAGACAGAUCCACAUUAAUCCAGGAUAUCCAGCAUGGCACCGAGGGAUGUGAGAACACACAAGGCGAUGUUGUUCACCGGAACCGCUCAGUGCGGGUGGGUGAUGACGUGCUGCUGCAGUGUGAGCUCAGCUCCAAUCUGGCGACGCCCCUCUGGAUGCUGGACGGCAGACAGGUGCAGGGGUACGACCUCAACUCUGGUUUUAGAACCGGCACAGAUGGCCUGCUGAUCAUUGAUGCCCGGCAGGACCAGAGCGGCUUGUACACCUGCUACGGCGUUGAAAACGGUGUAAAGGUUGCUAUAGUUACCUACAAUGUCACCAUCCGGUUGGACCUGCACCCUCCACCGCCUGUUGAUCCAACUCAUGGCUUUGCCAUCACCAGAGCACCCAGUGAGCAUCCCCCGACAGAGAAGAGCAAGCCUCCAUUGCUGAGCCCUCUUCUCCCACACUCAGAUUUGCUUUCCCCCAGGAACAUGAAGGCCAUCUACCUGUCCCUCAUCACUAUCCUCGGAGGCCUGUGCGUGGUUCUCACUGUGGUUCUUAUCUACGUGGGCUUCUGUUUGCGAGUAGGCCACAGAGGAAAGUACUCAAUACGGGCUGCGGCUGCGGCCCACCAGAGUGGUAAGAAGCACCACAGGAACAGGAAACAGCACAGAAACUCCACCACCAUGGAGCUGAAGACCAUCUCGAGUCACUGUAAUGGCAACGGCAUUUGUAACGGAGGUUCGAAGAUGCAUAAUGGCAACAUUCAGGACGGAGGCUUGCUACAGAUUGUCCCUGGUGAGGGUCACACUUCACCCAGUAAUGAACCUCUUCCCCCGGCACCGCCUCUCCCUCCCACACCUCAACUUACUUCGCCAGGGUGUGACUUUUCCAAUGGGCUGUCGGCCACGCUGCCUAGUGUCCUGAGGAGGAUGCAUGGGAACAGCUAUGUGCUUCUGAGACAGAGUGACUCUGAAAACAUGUCACCACCUGGUUAUUCCUUUGCUGAGGAGCUUAACAAGAUUUUAGAGAAGAGGAAACGCACUCAGCUGCUGCCCAGGCCGGAUGAGAGCUCUGUGUAGACAGAUGUAGCUUCCCCUAUAGUGGGCGUACUGCUAAGUGUUCUUAGCUGGUGCCUGUCACGUGACUCAUUAUUGCUGUUGUCUAAAGCAGUGAAAGAGUCAGAAAUGAGACAUUCCUAUUUUUGAACUGCUUGUCAAACUGAAUUCCCCAAUUUCCCAAUGCGCGACAAAUGAGAACAUAAAUCCCAGUGAAGGGGCCGAGCAUGAAACAAAAAAAGAGCAAUCUACCUCACCUCAAAACUGCCCAUAAGAACAAGCGCAGUCAGUCCCCCGUCUGAUCUGAGUGUCAUGUCUGAGCCCUCUGCUCCACAGAGCACAAAGCGGGAUGCACAGGCUCCAACAAGUCAAAUUGAGCCACACUGGAAUAUGAAUACAUGUGAAGAGUCGAUUCAGACCGGAGGGCAGCUAGCCAGAGUUAGUUUGUGCACAGAUGGCCUAUGCAUUUUUAAAAACGUGAAGGGGGAGAGGGGAGGGAAUGUGGUGUGCAGUGUUUUUGCUUUUAACUAAUUGCAAUAACCAACACAAAAUAUUUUACAGUAAUAUAGGACUGGAUGGCACAUAACAUUUACACCAGCCAUCAAUUGGUGAACUAAUCAUUAUUUAAUAUUAACCCUGCUUAAUGAAAUAUUUCUUUAUUUACUGAUUUAUAUAAUUACUAAACACAUAAUGCACCACUUUUAGUAGAUAAUAAUAUUAAUUGUUUAUAUGUAUUGUUUAAAUUGCAGAAAAAUUAAUUUGUGUUAAUUUGUUGAUAAUCCAGGUGAUGCUGUCAAUGCAUCAUAAAUGGUUAAAGCAUGAAGCAGUGUGUUAGCCUUUAAUACUCCAGUUUAAUUAAUAUCUACUAAUUCCUACAAGUAGCCAUUAGAGUCCACAUUACGUGCAAAAUUCAUGAGGGAUUAAACUUAUUAAACCCUUAGAUGAAAGUGUAUUAAAUAGUGAUUAUUUCACCAAGUACUGAUGGACAUCCCGGGAUAAUAUGUGACAGUAUUAUUAAUUUUAGUGCACUUUAAAUGCCAGUAAUUUUAAAGUCAUUGUUAUUAACUCUGCAACCAGCCAGCCAGAGGAAGUUUUUUUUUUUCUUUCCCCCCCUUGUCAGUGUGAUGAGUUGCAACUGUGCAGACCUCAGCUGUGUCUGCUGGACCUUCUCUGACACAGUGGGUCAGGAGAAAAACACUGACUGAGCCUGAAUCCACCGCUGAGUGACACCCUGCAUGAGACCGUCACACAGAAUGACAGACUGCGGGAAACAGAGUUCGCCAAGAGCGUUCCAAGGUUAAUAGUCUUUAUAUUGCACUGAUACAUCUUCUGCACAGGCUGUUAGCCAAACAGGUACUUAAGGCUAUGGAUCAUAGAGAUAACCACCCCUCAUUCUUUAUAUUUUGUUUCCAAGGAGCCAGACUUUGUUGUAAUUGUUUAUAAGUGGUUUUUGAGGAAUAGUCCUGAAUGUCUUCAAAGAUUUUGUUUGGGCAUUGGCUGCUUUUUUCACUCUUUUUCAGUCCAGUCCUUAUACAUUUUCAUAGGAAUGCUUUUAUGUUUGGUUCAUCCCUUGAAUUUGAUGUCUCUUUAUCAUUUAUAGGUCACUGUUGUCUACACAUAACAGACAACUUAGUAAAAACACAUCUGUCUCCUGUGUCAGGAAGCCAUUCUUAAGGAAGGGGCACAGUGAGGCUGAGGUGUACCAAAUUACACAAGAUCUGGACUGGAAAUCAGUACCAACAGAUUUAAAAUCUUUGGUUCAGAUCAUUAUCAAUAUGUAUGGAGGAGGUCAGAACAGAGGCACAGUGAGUGUCUACAGCCAUCUGUGAAACACCGUGGAGGCUAUGUCAUGGCUUGGGGUUGCAAUUCAACAACUGGUGUUGGCAAGUUCUGAAGGCAGAAAAGUGCCAUCAAAUUUUGAUCCAAAAUCCAACAAAAAGGUUUGAAUUUUUUUCAAAGACCUGGAAAACUAUUCUUGAAGACAAUUUAAGAAAAUUACAGAAAAGUUCAGGCUUGUCUGAGAAUCAUGGUGGUAACACCAAAUAUUGACUUUCAAACUCAUUAAUUGUGCAAACUGUUUUUGCCCUACAUACUUCAUUUUCAUGGAUUCUUGCAUGUUUCAAUAAACUGCUGCACCCAUUUUCCUAGCAAAACUUAAAGAAAUCAGGUUUGGCUCAGGACUUUUGCACAGUAGUGGACACACAGUUUCUACCCACCUGUAUCCUAUAACAGCGUAUCAAUUGGAUCAGCUUGGUUAUUAAUAGUUUGUGGAGGAAUGUAAGCUCACAGAUUCCCGAUUGAAAACAUAUGCUAUAAACUCAUUCACAGCUGCACUGUCUUAUCUCCAACAAAUUUACACACUGACAGAAUAAUUCAUUUAUGGGAAUAAUCCAGCCAUGCAGGAAAUUAAAACAAAUUUCUCUUGCAUCAAUGAUUAAUGUUUAGACUGAUUUGGCCAUUAUGUUGCUCAGUCUCACUCUCAGUCCUUUUUAUUUCCUUAAUCCAUCUUCUCUUGCUGCAUCUUCAGCUCCCAUGCCUGAGCGCAGUAUUAAUUAAACAGUCGUCUUAUGACGAGGAUGGAGAAACUGAGUGAGAAGUCUCCCCGGACAUUUACAUUAUGUAACACUCUCAGGUUUCUAAUUAUUUUUCUCAUACCCGCGGGCAUGGGGUGUGGUUUUCCAUUUAAUUGCUGUACGUCAAGAAAAGCAAAAAUAACUAGAGUGUAAACAACAUCAUGAUAAACACGAGUGACGAGCAUGUAAAGUCGUAUGUGUGAUUGAACUUAACAUGGCCGUGAUGUCAGGACGCCAGCGUAGCUGUGGCUUGAGCUCGCCUUUCCAGUCAGCGUCACUGAUCAAAGACAAAAGGAGAAGAAUGUAGCUUGAACACUUCACACAUUAAAAGCCUUCAUUAAAACCAUUUGACCUCGAUUCAAAGCACAACACAAGGUGAACACAACUACAGGGGUUUGAUGUGAUUUGCAGUUUUAUUCGACUGCAGUGGAAACGCUGAAUAUUUUUGCCUUCUCUCUCGUUUGUAGGUGUGAUGAGCACAGGUCAGUUUGAAGCCCACUUAAUUUCAUUCCCGAGGAUACCAUCUCCCAACCAGUGUCAGAUGGCAAAACUGGCUGCAAAGAUGUUCUUUAAUGAGCACUGAAAUCAAAUUUUCUGUCGUUAGUGGACAGCGGAGCCUGAAGCGAGGCUGGAUAAGGGCUACAGCAUAAGAGUCUCUGCCCCAGCAGCAACAACUGGAAAGGAAAUUGUUGGCUCCCGUGUCUUACCGAGCAGCAUUUCUCCUUCAGAAAGCAGCUGCGUGCGUGUUUAUGUGUGCGCAGAGUGCCCUUCCCUCUGUUUCAUGUAAUAACCUUUUUUUCCCCUCACUUGCUGCAUGAAUUGUUUCAACACUGUUUCUCUUUAAGUAAAGGACAAAGAAAACUAAUUUUACUAUUAAUCGAAAGUGCCAAGUUUGUUGUUUUGUGCGCCUAUUUUAUCCCUCAAAGAAGCUGCAUAUUUAUUUUGUAAUUUUGUACAUUGUAUGUUUUGGAAUUUACUGUCAAUGUUUUGUGUCAAAGUGCCACUUGUUAAACAAAUGCCUAACAAAAAGGAGGAUCACACUUUGCCUGUGUUGCACAAAAUGUAAUAAAUAGAAGCACGGUAGACAAACAAAAAGCAUGCAGAAGCCGUACCAGCACCACAGAAGUGAAUAUUUAUAACCUAAGGGAAAU